AUGCGGUUGUGGUGGAUUUUACUGUUUGGUUUUUGGACUGUCUGCGGGGAACUGCCGUUCAUAGCGGAGAACAACGCUGCUAUGUUGGUCAACUGGAAUGCUGUCGAUGGGAACAAGAAGCUGUUCGCCAUCUACGACACGAGCGUCAACGAGCCGGGCAACAUGUCGUACGUGAAGGAGACCGUGGACAAACUGUUGAAGGGGUAUGAUAUCCGUCUCCGUCCGGACUUUGGAGGCGCACCGGUGGCUGUCGGGAUGAGCAUAGACGUGGCGAGCAUAGACAUGGUGUCAGAAGUCAACAUGGACUACACGCUGACGAUGUACUUCCAGCAGUAUUGGAGAGAUAAGAGACUGGCCUACACAGGGAUCCCUCUCAACCUGACGCUGGACAACAGAGUGGCGGACCAGCUCUGGGUCCCCGACACCUACUUCCUCAAUGACAAGAAGUCCUUUGUUCACGGUGUCACCGUUAAGAAUCGCAUGAUCCGACUGCACCCGGACGGCACAGUUCUCUACGGCCUCAGAAUCACGACGACGGCAGCCUGCAUGAUGGAUCUGAGGAGAUACCCGCUGGACGAGCAGAACUGCACUCUGGAAAUUGAGAGUUACGGUUACACGACGGAUGACAUAGAGUUCUACUGGAAAGGAGGAGACACCGCUGUGACCGGGGUGACACGAAUCGAGCUCCCUCAGUUCUCCAUCGUCGACUACAAACUGGUUUCCAGGAACGUGGUCUUUUCCACAGGUGCCUACCCUCGACUGUCUCUGAGCUUCAAGCUGAAGCGAAACAUUGGAUACUUCAUCCUGCAGACGUACAUGCCCUCCAUCCUCAUCACCAUCCUAUCCUGGGUGUCGUUCUGGAUAAAUUAUGAUGCCUCGGCGGCCAGAGUUGCAUUAGGGAUCACCACUGUGCUGACCAUGACGACCAUCAACACACAUUUAAGAGAGACUCUGCCCAAGAUCCCCUACGUCAAAGCCAUAGACAUGUACCUGAUGGGCUGCUUCGUGUUCGUCUUCCUGGCUCUGCUGGAAUACGCCUUCGUCAACUACAUCUUCUUCGGUAGAGGUCCGCAGAUGCAGAAGAAACUGGCUGAGAAGAUACAGAAGGCGAAUAACGACCGGGAAAAGUUUGACAGACCCAAGUCCUUCCGGGAAGGAGGCAAUUGCAAGUCUUCGUCCGUUAAACAGUCCAAUCAGGUACAAGGGCGCCGUCACUCACGCCGGGUCGACUCCCAGGGGAACAUUUUGCUGACAACCUUGGAGAUCCACAACGAGGUGGGAGGGAAUGAGAUCACGACCACGGUGAGCGAGACCCACAACUCCUCCUCCUCCUCCAUGGCGUUGGACAACUCGGGGGUCCAGUACAGGAAGCCGAGCAUGCCGCGAGACCAGGGGCGCCUCAGCCUGGACAGGAACGCACAUCUAAAGAAAACCCGCCUGCGGAGACGAUCGUCGCAGCUCAAAAUCAAAAUCCCAGACCUGACGGAUGUGAACGCCAUCGACAGAUGGUCACGGAUAAUAUUCCCCUUCAGCUUCUCCCUCUUCAACGUCAUCUACUGGCUUUACUACGUCAAUUAAUGCACUGAUUGUUUUUUGUAACCCGUUUCUGUUUUUUGUGUGAAUGAGUGAACACUUCUCGAUGUAAGAAACUCAAUACGGUAAAUUCCCCAUGAACUUUUUUUUUUUUAUCAUACACGUGAAGACUUUGAUGAAGACGAUGAUGAUGAUGACGACAGACAGGGUGCAUCUGUAUAUGCACAGAGCCACAGGACAUGUGUUUUACACAGACUUUCAUGUGCUGUGAAUGACCUCUGUGAAGCGCCUGGGUUGGAGGCACAGACUCUCUGCAGUGUUUACAGGACGCUGUGUUACGUUGGUUAUUACAACUGUACCCAAAAUGUCAGUAUACAAUGUGGUCACUGUUAUACAACUGAUUACUAAUGACACGACAGCUGACAAAGAUUCAUAUCGUCAUUAUAUCUCUAGUUAAUCUGCACAUGGACAAACGUGAUCAUAUGAAUACAGAAUACUCAGAGUUCAUGAUCUGGAAAUGAUUUUGCAGAGUUAAAGGAAUAGACCGUAUUCACAGGUCGGCCAUUUUCCUCUGAUGUAGCUUAAGGUGGGGAAACUCAAAUGUCGUACUGCUGUGGUCCAUAGUUUUUAAUUUCACCUCUUUCUGAUUGAUCAGCAACUGAAAAGAUGAUGGAUGGGCCAUUGGAGGGCCAUUAGGCUGAAUAUUAAGGUGAGGUUAGCUUCCAGUAGACAACAGCUGAUGUUAGCAUUCAGUCACUUCCUAGCCAACAUUAGCUUUUGAUAGUAUUACACAAUAUGACAGGAAAGUGUAAAUUAAUUCUGAAAUAUCAAUACACACCAUGGAUGCAUUUAUUUGAACCUGGAAGUGCAACAGUAUGUUCAUUUUACCUUACAGUAUGGCCUAAUGUCCCUCCAGAUUUUCACUUGCCGCCAUGUGAAUACGGUCUCUGGUUCAAUCUUUUGGGAAAUACUCAAAUUUUCUUUCUUGCUGAGAUUUAGAUGGGAAGAUUGAUAUCUUACAUGAGUGUAUGCAAAAUCUGAAGCUAUAGCCAGCAGCCGGUUAGCAUAGCUUAGCACAAAGACUGGAAGCAGGAGUAAGUAGCUACGUGUAUUUCCUAAAAUCUCGAACUAUUCCUUUAAUUUGCCUUGGGAGUUAAUGCCGCCAGCUGUUCACUGGUUGUUUAUCGAUGUGGACACUGGAAAUGCUGUGACCUUGCUCCUGUGAUGAACAGGUGAUUCAACACUGUGUCAGAAUGUCAAAACAUUGAUUUCAAAGCCCAGUUUUUUUAUCAACAGGAGAGAGGCUGAUGGAAUCCAGACCAGCAUUUUAUAAAACUGUCAUUCAUUGACAUUAUUCAAAGAUAUUUGGUAAGUAUGCUUUAUUUGCUCUCUUGGUGAGAUGUAGAUGAGAAGAUUUAUACCACUGAGUCAGUUAGCUUAGCCUAGCAUGAAGAAUGGAAGCAUGGGGAAAAUGGUAAGCGAGGCUCUGCCGACCAGCACCUGAAAAGCUCUGUUUGACCUAUUUAAUUGCAUUUGUUCAAUCCAAACAUUAACAGAAAUGUAAAAAUGAAAGGUUGUGUUUUAAAGGGAGUAUGCGCUUGAACUAUUUCUUAAACAGAUUAAAAAGACAUGCUUUAGAUGCUAAUAGGUCAGCGUAAGAGGUGCAGACAAGUGAUUUUGAUAACUUGUCAGGCUCACUAUUUUCCUCUGCAUUCUUGUCUUUAUGCUAAGCUAGGCUAAUGGCUAUCGUCUGUAGCUUCAUAUUUAUUUUAUAGGAAUGUGAGGUAUCAAUCUUUUCAUCUCACCCUCAACAAGCAAGUGAGAAAGAGUAUUUCCCAAAAUAUCAAACUAUUUCUUUAACAUUUGCAAUUUCCUCAUUACAAUAACCCAGCAUGUAAUAUAUCCAACAACAUAUGUGUCAAUUUACGUCACAGUAAAGACAGUAGAAAUGAAGCUUCCUGGGCUCUGCGUAAAUAUGCACAAUAUCCAGUCAGUUUACACUGUUUCACUCCGUCGUCACUGUGCUUUCAGGACUGCUGUCAUGAUAUUUUAUUGAUUUUGUCACCUGUUGAAUGCAACAUAAUUCACUUGGCCUUUUUGUUUCCUUCAGACUGCAAGUUUUACAUCUCAUGUCCGAUUUUAAUCAACUUUCACAUUCAGAUUUGUUGAUUCUCCGUUUAAUGUACAUACUGUAACUCUGAACAUUUUCUUUCGGUUAACACUAAUUACAUGGCUUUGUUGUCAACAGUGUUUUGCUCGGUGAUUUCUGGCCUCGCUGUUUUGUUUUUGUCAGUUUUCACACAACAUUAUAAUUUCCUAUUUGUGUUGUAAAUAUAAAACACAAAAUCACA